AUGGCGGAAACUCUUGCAGCUGAUAAUGCUUGGCCACUAUGGGACGACCAACCUUCCGAAGGAGCAUUCGAGCUGUUAACCAACAACGGCAUGGACAAUGCUGUCGUACACAGUGUCGAACGACCGUGGUUGUUCCAUUACAGGCCUAAGACGAACUCUAAUGGACGAGCUAUCCUCAUUCUGGGCGGGGGAGGCUACGUCGAGCUCAUGGUCGGACGUGAAGGUGUUCAGGUAGCAAGGUGGUUGGCUGGCCUGGGAUUCGAUGCCUUUGUCCUCGUCCACCGCUUUCCGAACGCAAAGUCGGCGCCUCAAGCCCCCGUAGACGAUGCAAGACGAGCGCUGAACGUCAUUGCUGCUGAAGGGUACUCGAAGAAGGGCCUGGGCAUCUGUGGUCUUUCGUCUGGUGGCCACCUUGGUGCUGCACUCCUAGCAGAAUACCCGCAAACGUGGACAUCUCCUCAGGCCUCUGCUGCGAUCCCAAAGACCGACUUCGCAAUCAUUGGAUACGGGCCCAUCUCCACGAAUGCAAAAGGUCGGACGAUCGUACUCAACAAAGCCGCACUGGAGCCACCAGCAAAGCAGGAGCUGUACGAUGUUGUGCAGCCAGAUGUUCAGAUCAGUACAGCGCCGCCUACAUUCAUCGUGUACUCAGGCAACGACCCCGUGGUUCCGGUCGUUAACGCGUAUCGACUGGCGGAGGGCAUCACGAAGGCGGGAGCAGCGGUGGAACUCCAUGUAUUCGCAGACGCGCCGCAUGGAUUUGCACUCGAUACAACUGGUCUGCCUAUCAGCAAGUGGCCAAACUUGUGUGAAGCGUGGCUGGAGCAGAAUGGAUUGUUGAAGGCGUGA